CCUGGUCAGUGCUGUCCACCCUGAAGGGCCAUGGCCUCGCUCCAAGGCCCUCAGGCCUGGGCAAGUCCCGCUGUCUGUGCCCGCAGAGCUCGUGGCACCUCUAAAACCCAGGCCAGUGGGCUGGGGUAGGACGAGCUGGGCAGGAGCAAGCCCCUGCACCCCAGGCCCCGAGAUCCGGGCUCCCCACGCCCUGUCACACACAGUCCCCACGCCACCACCAUGAAGCGGCUACGGAACAUCCGACGCAUGGAGCUGCCCCAGGGGUCCCCCAAGUGGGUCCCUGUUCUGGGGGAGCUACAGAAGACGCUCCAGAGGGGCGAGUACCUGCCCCUCCGCCCGCUGCCCAUGUUCGAGAGUAACUUUGUCCAGGUGACAAAUCGUGGGAGUCCCGUGUUUCUGCAUCACAGAACCAACAGACUGACCAUGGGCGUCGCUGCCUCGCUGCCCGGCCUGGUGCAACCUGACAUCCUGCUGAUCGCCCAGCCCCCCCAAGGCAGAGACUGCGUCAACCUCGUGCUGACCAGGAUGAUACCCCUAGACCUUGUACACCUCUACGUCCACGACCUGUCCGCUUGGCGCCUGAAGCUGCGGCUGGUCACCGGCCGCUACUACUACCUGGAACUGGACGCGCCGGAUUCCGAGGUGGACUUCCUGUUCGACCGCUGGAUCCGCCUCAUCAACCUGCUGCGGGAGCCUGUCACCACCUGGGCCCCCAGGACUCUGCACACGCCCCCUCUGGACAUGUCCUUGGGCUCAGCGCCGGCCUCCACCUGGCACCUGCAGCAACAGUGCUAUGGGGGACAUGCAGUGGCAGUACCCGGACCCAUGUUUCCUUACAAGAUGCCGACAUCCCAGAAACAGAAGAAGGCCAAGGCCCUGAAGCGCAGGUUCAAGUCACAGGCUGUAGGCGACUCAGUGCCCCUCAUCUGGUCCCAGCUGGAGCGGGCUGACUUCCAGAAGAAAUCUUCAGAGAAGAAGUGGGCCAGGGUCUGGAGAAAAGGCCAGCAUCACCAUCCGCACCAUCUUCAGCAUCAUUUCCAACACGAUGAACCAUUCACCAUCCUUGCCAAAGGCCAGCUGGGGCCCAAGGGUGCAGGUGGGGAGGCUCGAGGGGGGGGGCUGGACUCCUGGGUGCCAACCAGGUGUCUCCCUGUGCCCCCACGCACCCCGCAGGCUGGUACAGCUGACUCUGAGGGAGCCUCGGAGCAGCACAGGCUGCUGGACACGCCUUCGCGCUGUGUCGUCGGGGCCAGCACCACCUUCCCCUUCCCGGGCGCCUACAAUCACCUGGACAUGCUCCUGUGGCAGCAGGACCUGGAAGACCUCAUGGACCCCGAGUCCAGCACGCUGUCCUCAUCCUCCCUGGGCACAGCCCCAGGCGUGCCUCCUGGCCCUCCCUCCUGCACCAGGCCCAGUGAAAGGACCGGGCCUGGGAGCGCCUGGAAGGGACAGAGUCCGUCACUCUCCCAGAAGGCCGCCUCUGUCCCUCUCACGCCUUGGAAGGCACCAUUCCUGGUUGACCAGUCCCACAAGGUCCCGGCUAUCCCUGCUCCCCGCCCCAAGGCCCCAGCAGCGCUGCCACCACGUGCUCCUGCACCGUUAUGGAAAGUUCCACCUAUACCCAACAUGUCCCACAAGACCUCCACCUCUAUAAGACCGGCUGCCUCCCAGAAAGCCCCAGCUGCUUCUCUCCCUCACCGGAGGAGCCCACACAGGUUUCCACCUCACAGGGCCCCUGCUGUACGUCGAGGCGUGGUCCCAAAACUCCUGGCCAUCCCCACCCCCAAAGCCCCACCCUCAGCUGUUGUUUCCCAAAAGGCCGUGACCUCCCCAUCCCAAACAAGCAACCCUACAUUCCCAGCACCCCCAGCUCCGAAGACCUCGGCUGUACCUCCCCCGUGGGGGAAGCCCCCCGACAGCGAUGACCACCACAAGGACAGGGACCUGCUGCCAGCAGGGGUCCCUGGGCGGGAGCUGUUGGAGAUGGACCAGCCUGAAGGCCGAGCCCAGCCGGCAGUGCUGGUGGGGGUCCAGCUGACAGACGUAGUGGAGAUGAGGGCCCAAGCGACCUCGCUAGAACUGCCGUACACUACCACCAAGAAGGAGUCCCAGGAAGUAUUGGUGACCAAGACUCGGGAAAUUGCCCUAGAGGGCUUGCAGGGUAAGGGCAAGUGUGAGGACAGGGCCCACAAGGUCAAGGAGAAGAGAGUCCUGGAACUGCCUGGCAUGAGGUCCAAGGAGGUGGAGCAGCAGAGGAGGUGGGUCAAAACCACGGAGCUGGCCGUCGAGGGCCCCCGCCCAGCGGAGCACAGUAGGCCCUUCUCCGUGGAGGGGCUGGCCCUAGCCAAGCUCAUGAUCAUGGCUGGCUCCAAGGACCAGCACCAGCGGCCCGCAGUGGUCACGCUGCCCUCCUGGCUCUCCAUGACCUCCCAGCCAUCUGCUCUGCCCUUCAGCUCCAGCCAGAUGUCCCCGAUGGAGGCAACCCCCAUGGCACCCAUGCUGGCACGGGAGCAGCCAGAAUUGCACACCUGGGGGAUGGAAUGUGCCACCCAGCGACGGAUGGACAGCGAGGCAUCCUGGCACCCCGGAAGGCCCUUUAAGGGGCCUCUGCACCACCCUCUGUCCACCCCCAACAGCCCCAAGCUGGCCGCCUCCUCGCAGGUUCCCAUCGCCCUGCCUGCCUCGCGGUGGGAGGACUUGCCAGAGCCGCAUGCCCCCACCAGGACGGGUACCAGCAUGGCCAAGUCGCCCCAGCAGCAGCAGCCCCUGCGGAGGCCUCGUGAUCACACCAGGGCACCCAGGCCACACCCACUGGCCAGGAUGACCUCGUCUUCAGAAAUCCUGCCCAUGCUCCUAGAGAUUGAGAAAAUGAGGGGCAUGGAGACCACCAAGGCAGAAGUACCCAAGGAGGAGCUGCACCUUCCACCUAGCACCAAGCACUCCCCACACUUUGAGUAGCAACGCAAGGGUUCAACCUCAGCCGGCAAACUGUCCAGCAGGAGCCAGCUUGGUCAGGUCCCCAGGGUGCUGUGCACCCGACUGCACGC